GGCUCGCUCUCUUGGCACUUGAAAUAAAUCGCCCAACGUAAACUAAAAAUUAAUAAAAGACCCUCAAAUUCUCCGCCCAUUUCGAUUUCCUUUUCACGUAUAAAUUUCCACUCUCCCUCUUAAAUCCAUUUCCAUUUCCAUUUCCUUUUCUUUGAAAUUAAAUUUCAUUUUUCAUUAUCUUUUUGUUUUUCGCGGGUGCAAAUCCAAUGGCCGCGAUCUUCCAAGGAGUUGGAGCUGCUGCAGCUUUAUCGUCGUCACCGUCCAAUUCUUUUGAUUCCAAGAAGUUGCUUUUCUCUCCUCGUAGAUCCUUCUCCGUGAAGAAAGGGGCGAGCGUUGUUGUGGUCAGAUCUGAUGGAAACGUGAACUUGGAUUUGAACCCUAGAGGUCGAAGGGCUCAGCAAUUGAUUGCCAAUGCAGUUGCUACCAAGGCUGACAGCUCUGCAACUUCUUCAUCUUCAAAACCAGGACAUGAGCUUUUACUCUUUGAGGCUUUACGAGAGGGCUUGGAAGAAGAAAUGGAGAGGGAUCCCUCUGUAUGUGUCAUGGGUGAAGAUGUGGGUCACUAUGGAGGCUCAUACAAAGUGACCAAAGGACUGGCUACAAAGUUUGGGGACCUUAGGGUGCUUGACACCCCUAUUGCUGAGAACUCCUUCACUGGCAUGGGAAUUGGAGCUGCUAUGACUGGUCUGAGACCAGUUGUUGAGGGUAUGAACAUGGGAUUUCUCCUCCUUGCUUUUAAUCAGAUCUCCAAUAACUGUGGUAUGCUUCAUUAUACAUCUGGUGGUCAGUUUACCAUUCCCAUAGUUAUUCGUGGACCUGGUGGUGUUGGACGUCAACUGGGGGCUGAGCACUCUCAACGCCUUGAGUCAUAUUUUCAAUCAAUCCCUGGAAUCCAAAUGGUUGCGUGCUCAACCCCUUACAAUGCCAAGGGCUUAAUGAAGGCCGCGAUCAGAAGCGAGAACCCUGUUAUACUUUUUGAGCAUGUUUUGCUUUACAACCUCAAGGAGAGAAUUCCAGAUGAAGAUUAUAUCUGUAAUCUUGAGGAAGCUGAGAUGGUAAGGCCUGGAGAACAUGUCACUAUUCUAACCUAUUCACGGAUGAGGUAUCAUGUGAUGCAGGCUGCAAAAACUUUGGUGAACAAGGGUUAUGAUCCUGAAGUAAUUGAUAUUAGGUCUCUGAAACCAUUUGAUCUUUACACUAUUGGGAACUCAGUCAAGAAGACACAUCGUGUUCUUAUUGUGGAGGAGUGCAUGCGGACUGGUGGUAUUGGUGCUAGCUUGACUGCUGCCAUCAAUGAGAAUUUCCUUGAUUAUUUGGAUGCUCCAAUUAUGUGCUUAUCUUCACAGGAUGUGCCAACACCAUACGCCGGAACAUUGGAGGAAUGGACUGUUGUUCAGCCAGCUCAGAUUGUGACAGCCGUUGAGCAGCUCUGUCAUUAGUUGCAACAGCAGAAAUAGUGACGGCAUAAUUGAAGUUUUGUUACUUUUGUUAUGUUUAUUUCUAAACAAGUUCUCUCGCAACCUUGUUUUUGAAAUCUAAUUUCUGUUUGUUAGCAAUUUGUGUUAGUUAAAUCUUGCAAAAGUUCAUCGAGUUGAGGCCUUCUGUUUGAUCCAGUUCUUUCUUCACUGAAAUGGCAAGUGAGAUCUUGUUUCAGCAAUAGUUACAGGUAGAGUACUGGAAAAUAACUCUCCACUUCCAGUUGCUCUGUCACAUUACUAGUGAGAUAAGCCAUGUAAUUCAUUUUGUCUAUUUUUUCCUUAUGGAAUGUGGUGUGGCAAAAUAAUCUCAGUUAUUUAUAUCUUUUUAUUAUUG